AUGCUCGGUACUAACUUUGAAAAUCCUUGUGGUCGUUGGACCAAACCAAAAACGAUUAACGAAGUUGACCUCAACAACGUUCACGGCCACAUAUUCGCCCUCACGUCCGCACAUGACUUUGUCGCCUACGAGUACCAGGACGGCCCAAUGCCCGAUCUCUCUGGCAUCGAACCAGCAUUUUUCACCGAGUUGAUCGCAUAUCUCAUCGACAAUAGAUUGUCGGCUGUUCUCGGACUCCAAGUUCUCGGAAGCCGUCGAAACCAAGCCUUGAGCUUCAUUCAUCCAACUUCCAAAGGCCUCACGAUCACGAUGGACGAUGCUGUACGCCCAGCUGUCAAGACACGGCGUGCUGUAUUUGAGAAAGGCUUUCGUGUUUGGUUAAGCCUUUACAAUAUCGCUGACAAAGAGACGAUUAUACCCGAAAGUUGUUUCCAGGUUCAAGGGACAUUUGCACAUCUGCCUCACUUUCCUCCAGAUAUAGAUCUAAAAGAUCGCCAUGGCAGUCUAUAUGCGAGGGGAACUUCGAUUUGGUCAACACAUGGACCCCGAGAGUUCCCUUUUCUUGAAAAAACUUUUGAUAUUCCAAUCUCGAUAAUUAGCCCGACCGGUCUCACGCUCUCUUCUGACCCUAACCUGGACUAUCGGAAUUGGUUUGGUUGCGAAGAGGACCAUAUUUCCGUGCUUAUACUCGCCUGGUCCUACAUUCUUUCAGCUCGCUGGGCGGAGCUGAUGUCAGGUUCCGUUCUGGGAUACACUGGUAGCCAGCCAACCCAGAAUGACGGCGACCAGGAUGCCAUUUUUGUGGAUGUCGGCGAUGUCAAUAGCGAGGCGGCAAGGUGGUGGGCGGCUGUUUUGGCCCCAGGGGAGGGCUGGCGGGCUUGUAUAAGUUCGGACGAGGCCGAAUAUAAAUCCCCAUGGUCGAUACUAUUGCAAUCGGGCCCAGGCUUUAGGCUUCCAUGCCAUGGGUCACACCCUCCGAUGUCAGCUGAGGCCAUAUCAUCUGCCACUGCCCUUCAUUACCUUUCGGAGUACUGCAACCUCCACAACGCUAUGGAUCAGAGCCACGCAGCACUAUCUGCAGCUCUAAUGCUUCCUCUCUCAAACUCCAGGGGGUACCAGAUUCGCCUACCAACACCUAAGCUUAGAUAUGGAGAGAGUGCUGCAUUGAAAGCGAGGACACAAAUCGACCAUAAGUGGCUACAGACAUCCCGCCAUCUGGACAAGCUACUUGUUCUAAGCUGCAGCACUAGAGGCGUACAGUCAUUGCUAUCCAGCGUCUUCUACGAUCCCGGCGUAGCCUGCAAUUUGGUUAGCCCAUGGCUACAGGCUACUUUUGCUAUCCUUGACUCUGUUGACGAUAACCGCCUUGUACAUAUCAUGACGAGAAGGGUUCCACGCCUUGCUUUUCUAUGGCUUGGGGCAAUUAUAACGUGCGUCCAUGGCGACGUUUUGCGAGAUGCACGAUUCGGUCUGAUCCCGGUGGAACUCCACGCGGCUAUGUGGACUGGAACUAUCCAAUCAUUUAUACAAGAGCCUAUACCUCAGCCUCCAGCUGUGGGAGGCAGCAUUUCACGCGCAAAUGAGUGUCGGCUUCUGUAUCUUAUGCAGAAAGAAUAUCAUACUCGUUGGCCAACGUGUCAGUGGACACCGUUUGGAGAUACAGCCCUUGAGGAUACUGAUAUGAGUGUCCGCUCUUAUGCUAAGCAUAUUCGAUGGGAGCUUAUAUAUGUGGGGUGGAAAUGGACCACCCGAGAUGGCAAACUGGUUCAUCAAGUCUGUGACAAGGGGCUUACACCGACUUUUCCCGAAUCACCGCAGGAGCCACCUCAUAUCCCCAUCAGUUAUGAUGCUCUUGAUCUUGAAGAGGAGUCGGCGUCAGAGAAUGCUACGCGAAACAUAUUUGGCUGGCUACGGUUUGAAGGGUUCCCCGGGAACGAAAAGGAAAUAUACAGUCACGAGUGGUUUGACCUUGGAGAUUCGGACGAAGAAGCGUUAUGUGGAAUAUCUGAGACUAGUAUCGGCAACUCUUCUGCAGCAGCAGAUGUGGAGGCUUGGAUCAAUCACAACGCCUUUUAA